AUGUCUACUACAUCCACAAUCAAUACCACUGAAAAGUGGACUGCUCCAAAAGUUAGAUCUACGUUUUUGGAUUAUUUUAAAGAUAAGAGACAACACACUUAUGUUCCAUCAUCAUCAGUUGUCCCACACAAUGAUCCUACUUUAUUGUUUGCCAACGCUGGUAUGAACCAAUAUAAACCAAUCUUCUUGGGGACCGUUGAUCCAGCUAGUGAUUUUGCCAAGUUGAAAAGAGCUGCCAAUUCUCAGAAAUGUAUUAGAGCUGGUGGUAAACAUAACGAUUUAGAGGAUGUUGGUAGAGAUUCAUAUCAUCAUACAUUUUUCGAAAUGCUUGGUAAUUGGUCAUUUGGCGACUAUUUCAAAAAGGAAGCCAUUGCGUGGUCGUGGGAAUUAUUGACUGAUGUUUAUGGCUUGGAAAAGGAUAGAUUGUAUGUUACAUAUUUCGGUGGCGAUGAAAAGCAAGGAUUGGAGGCAGAUUUAGAGGCAAAGAAAUUCUGGUUAGAUGUUGGUGUUGCUGAAGACCAUAUUUUACCUGGUGAUGCCAAGGACAACUUUUGGGAAAUGGGUGAUCAAGGUCCUUGUGGUCCUUGUUCAGAGAUUCAUUAUGAUAGAAUUGGUGGUAGAAAUGCUGCCUCACUCGUCAAUAUGGAUGAUCCUAAUGUAUUGGAAGUUUGGAAUGUCGUGUUUAUUCAGUAUAAUCGUGAAGCUGAUGGAUCAUUGAGACCACUACCAAACAAACAUAUCGACACUGGUAUGGGUUUCGAAAGAUUGGUUUCCAUCUUGCAAAAUAAAUCCUCGAAUUACGACACUGAUGUGUUUUUGCCAAUUUUUGACAAAAUUAGAGAAAUUACCGGUGUUAGACCAUACACGGGGAAAUUUGGUGCUGAUGAUAAAGAUGGUAUCGAUACUGCAUACAGAGUUAUUGCAGAUCAUGUAAGAACUCUUACGUUUGCCAUUUGCGAUGGUGGUGUUCCAAAUAACGAAGGUAGAGGAUAUGUUUUGAGAAGGGUCUUGAGAAGAGGAUCACGUUAUGUUCGUAAGUACAUGAACUACCCAAUUGGAUCAUUUUUCCCACAAUUGGUUGAUAUUGUAAUUCAGCAAAAUAAGGAAAUCUUCCCCGAGAUCGAAUCGGGAUCUCAAGAUCUUAAGGAGAUUUUAAACGAGGAAGAAUUGUCAUUUGCAAAAACUUUGGAUCGUGGUGAGAAAUUGUUUGAACAAUAUGCCAUCAUUGCUUCAAAGACUCCUGAACAGACUUUAUCUGGAAAAGAUGUGUGGAGAUUGUAUGACACCUACGGUUUCCCAGUUGAUUUGACUAGAUUAAUGGCUGAAGAAGCUGGAUUGAAAAUUGAUGAAAAGGGAUUUGAAGUUGCCAAAGAAGAGUCUAGAGAAGCUUCCAAAGGUGGAGCUAAUAAAAAUGCAUCGUCUUUGAUCAAAUUGGAUGUUCACGCGUUAUCCGAACUUGAAGGUAAAGUUGCCAAGACCGACGAUGACGCCAAAUAUGGACUCGACAACAUCAAAGCUAAAGUUCUUGCUAUCUACGACGGCAGCAAAUUUGUUGAUUCCAUCCAACAGAACGAAGAAGGUCAACAAUACGGCAUCUUGUUGGACAAAACACCGUUCUAUGCCGAACAAGGUGGACAAGAGUACGAUACAGGUAAACUUGUUAUUGAUGGUAAAACUGAGUUUAAUGUUGAAAAUGUUCAAGUUUACGCUGGAUAUGUAUUACACACCGGGUUUGUCCUUGAGGGAAAAUUGAGCGUUGGUGAUGAUGUGAUUGCCGCUUAUGAUGAAUUAAGAAGGUGGCCAAUCAGAAAUAAUCAUACGGGUACACAUGUAUUGAACUACGCCUUGAGAGAAGUCCUUGGCGACGAUGUUGAUCAAAAGGGAUCUCUUGUCGCUAAGGAGAAAUUGAGGUUUGACUUCAGUCACAAACAGGCUUUGACUCCAAAAGAGUUGGAAAAAGUUGAGGGCAUCUCAAAUCAAUACAUUAGAGAUAACAAGCAAGUCUAUUACAAGGAUGUACCAUUAACUGAAGCUAAAGCUAUUUGUGGGUUGAGAGCUGUCUUUGGGGAGACUUAUCCUGACCCAGUUCGUGUUGUUUCCAUUGGUGUGCCAGUUGAUGAGUUACUCAAGGACCCAACUAAUGAAGAAUGGAGAUCAAUCUCAAUCGAAUUCUGUGGUGGUACCCAUGUUGCUAAGACCAGCGAAAUCAAGGAUUUGGUCAUCAUCGAAGAAUCAGGUAUUGCUAAAGGAAUCAGAAGAAUAGUUGCCGUUACUGGACAUGAUGCUCAUGCUGUACAAAGAGUAGCCAAGGAAUAUGAACAAGAAUUGGAUCAUGCAAAUGAAUUGCCCAAUGGACCGAUUAAAGAAAACAAAGUGAAAGAAUUGGGUGUUGCUUUAAAGAAAUUGUCAAUAUCAGUAUUGGAUAAACAGAAAUUGACUGAGAAAUUUAACAAAGUUGACAAAUCAAUCAAAGAUCAUCAAAAGAGUAUACAAAAAGAGGAAAGUAAAAAAACUCUUGAUGUGGUUAAGAAAUGGCUUGAUGAAGGUGACGACAACAACAAAUCUGAGUUUUUGGUUGCUCAUAUCCCAAUCAAUGCUAACGCUAAAGCAAUCACUGAGGCGUUCAAUUUGGUCAAGAAGCAAGACAAGACUAAAUCAUUAUACUUGUUGACAGGACAAAAUGACAAGGUUGCACAUGGAUGUUAUGUUAGUGACGAAGCCAUUGCUAAAGGUGUUGAUGCUAGUCUGUUGGCCAAGUUGGUUAGUGGCAAGAUUGGUGGUAAAGCUGGGGGUAAGGGAAACAUUGUUCAAGGUAUGGGUGAUAAACCAAGUGGUAUAAAUGAAGCUAUUGAGGAAGUGACAAAGUCAUUCAAGGAAAAAUUGUAA